CAGUAAAUAAACAAACAAACAAAUAAACAAACAAUAACAAACACAGUCCCCAACGUACGAUAAUUUGGGCUGGAAAAAGGAACCCCAACCUUUGGCAACGUCGCAUAUCAUAGCCCAAAGCAGCCCAAAGGGUCAGUCUGCAUCAAGGUGUUGGACGGGGAGGGUCUACGCCGCCCUCCUCGUGAACCCCUAUUACGAACUUUUGCGAUCUCUACUACGUCUUCGUUAUAGCGUGAAGAAGAUAACGUAAAGUGAAGGAAUUGUUGGGUUGGAUGUUAGUGGAAUUAGUGAAGGAAUAAUUAAUAGAAAAACAGAAAUAAGGAAAUAAUAUGAAUAACUUAUUUACGAAGAAGGCGAAGAAAAACGAGACAACAAUAACUAAAAUUAAAGAAAAUGGGAUAAAAGAAAAAUAUGCCUGAGCGAAACACACUGAAACGCCCAUAGAAACAUACAGAACGUUUCAAAAAGUUUCGUAACACUCAAAACAACACCAAAACAAACACCUUCAGACGCUCUCAAAAGUGCUCAACCAAAAUGUGAACGAAACCAAAAGCGACCGAACGAAACACAGUGACGCGCCAAUAGACCUCGUACGGGUGUUUCAAAAUCCUUCGUGCAUGACCAGAUAAUAAUGGAUUGUGGACUAUUGUGUUGGUCUUCGCCUAAGAACCGUAGGAAACCCGUUUAUCCAGGUUCUCCACGGUUCAGGCGGAGGGUCGAAGGUCACUGGUCAUCCCUGGUCACAAGAUGGCGUUCACUGGGCUCAAACCCGCGGCACUCCGUCACCGUAACGCCCGACGACGAGGAGCUGGUCGGAGCGGACGGCGAAGCAAACGGGCGCGUCCAUAUGCUUCGCCGCGAACCCACCACACAGUACCCUCCACAGUUACCACCACAGUACCCACACCAUGCCCCCAGCACCGUCUCCAGCAGUAGCAGUGGGCGGAAUGGACCCUCAAGUACCCAUAGUGGCCCUUUUCAAGCCCUUAGAAGUAGACUUGGCCGCGGGAGAAGGGCGAACACAAGGGCCAUGUCGCUCUGUGUAGCCGAAGAGGAUUUGCCGAAUAGGUCUUGGGUGGACUCGAAAGCCGUGUUGGAGUGGGCGAGAAGAUGCGGAGAUGAAGAAGAGGAGGAUUCUGGCCUGACGGGGAGUGAUGGAGAUGACUGCCCUGUGUCUUCCUCCUCCUCUCCUUCCUCCUCCUCCUCCUCCUCCUCUGGGUCCUGUAGAGAUGAGGCAUUUAGUGAAACCUGCAGCGAUGUGCCUGGAACCCCACCUUCUCACCCUCCUCCUCCUCCUCCUUCUUCCUCCUCCUCUUCCUCCUCGAGUCAUCAGUACCCUCCUCCUCCUUCUUCCUCCUCUCUUCAUUAUCCCAAUCAGUAUGGUCUCCUCCCUACCUCCUCCUCUUCCUCCUCCUCGCACCAGCCCAGAAUUGUCGCAGAUCAUGUGAUUAAAAUGCAUACGAAUGACUCCUCUUCCACCUCAAAUCCACCGCCUCCCUCCUCCUCAAUAGUAGUCGGACGUCGCUUCCAGAAGACUCCCUCCUCCUCGACCUCCUCUUCCUCCUCCUCUUCCACCUCUCCCUCACGUCCUGCUGUUCCACCAAGACCAAGUGGAAGAGGUCGAGCUUCCUCCUGUGUGGACUCAUGCAUAUGGGAGGAACCACCCACCCUGUUACCUCCACCUUCCUCCACCUACCUCCACCCCUCCACUUCUCCUCCCUCCUCUUACCUCACACCUACUUAUCCCUCCACUGUUACCUCCUCCACCUACUCCACCUCCACUCUGGACCGCCACAAGCCCCCCCGCCCCUCCCCCUCCCCCCCAUCCACCAUGACCUUAGGGAGGGGGGGUCUGCGCGCCCUCACACACGCACUAGGGGAGAGAAAGACCCCACCCACCACCUCCUCCACCUCCUCCUCUUCACCGGGCAAGUCUUCCUCCUCCUCCUCUUCAUCGUCGUCAUCAUCAGCAAGUCAUCAGGCCUCCGAGGAUGAUAAGGGUGAGGCCAACACACAACAGCCCAGUUUCUGCACGCUGCCCAGACACAAGAGUGAGAUCACCUUCCAAAUCCUCACCGUAGUCUUCCACAAGGGGCCGGGCCAUCGCUCCCUCGGGUUCAGCAUUGUGGGCGGCACCGACUCCCCCAAGGGCUCCAUGGGUAUAUUCGUGAAGACCGUGUUUCCCCAGGGUCAGGCGGCCACCACGGGGUCACUACAGGAAGGUGACGAGAUCCUUGCCAUCAACGGAGUGGCCCUACACGGCGCAUCACACCGGGCCGCCAUCAACGCCUUCAGACAGAUCAAGACUGGCCAGGUCGUUCUCCACAUUGGCCGAAGGAGGAGGAGGAAGGCCGCUCACAACAACAACAACAACAACGCAUCUACUACCACGACUACCACAACUACUACGAAGGGUGUAUUGAGUGGUGGUGGUGGUGGUGGUGGUACGACUGGGGUUAUGUAUUAGUGGUAGUAGAUGUAGUUGUGGUUGUUACUACUACUACUACUACUAUUACUACUACUAUUGCUAUUAACUAUUACUUUUGUUGGUGCUGCUGCCUCUAGUUCAGCUAUUACUACUACUACUACUACUACUACUACUACUAUGACUACUACUACUACUACUACUACUACUACUACUAUGACUACUACUACUACUGCUACUAUUUUUUAUGCUUUAUUUUUUGUUGUUGUUUCUCCUCCUCCUCUUCCUCUUCUUCUCCUCCUCCUCCUCCUCUCAUUACUAAUUUUUCCUUCUUUUUUUUAUUUUAGUUUGUAUAUUAUUAUUUUUUGUGUGUAAAGGUGAAAUUAUUAUCAUUAUUAUUAUUAUUAUUAUUAUUAUUAUUAUUAUUAUUAUUAUUAUUAUUAUCAUCAUUACUUUGGCAUGCGCUUCGAGUCACAUCUCUUUGUAAAUAUAUAGAAUAGUUUUUGUAAUCUCAGUUUUGUAAUGCAUUAUAUAUGUAAACACACACACACACACACACACACACACACACACACACACAUGACUGUUCAAACUAUACUGUCCUACUUAGCUCCUUCAAUCCCUUUCCCUUUCUCUCUCUCUCUCUCUCUCUCUCUCUCUCUCUCUCUCUCUCUCUCUCUCUCUCUCUCUCUCUCUCUCUCUCUCUCUCUCUCUCUCUCUCUCUCUCUCUCUCUCUCUCAUCAAUAACAACAACAACAACAACAACAAUAUUAAUCUUGUAUACAUUAUAACAUUUCUAUUAAGACCAAAGCAUUGCUAGAGAGUAGAAACACACACACACACACACACACACACACACACACACACACACACACACACACACACACACACACACUGGUUAAGUCUAUGGUAUAUAUAUUUUUUCUGUCUAUCUGUUUGUCUGUCUGUCUACUCUGCUGACACACGAAGAAGAAGAAGAAGAAGAAGAAGAAGAAGAAGAAGAAUAUCAACCAAAUACUUCUUAAUUAUUUUCUUUGCUCAGAUUUUUUUUUCUUGAAGUGAAAUAGAGAGAAAAAAAGAAAAAAAAAUUAUGUAUGUUUUUUUUUGUGUAUGUGUAUGUGUGUAUACUAGUGUAGCCUCGACCGCACAUAUGUAGGUAUGUGUACGCGUAUGGAUGACUUACUCGUGUACGUAAUAUUGACCAAGUGUCCUUAUGUAUGUAUGUAUGUAUGUAGGUUUAAGAUUUUGUGUGUGUAUGUAUGUUUGUGUCUUCUUAAACCUAAACUGUGCUGGAAUUAUUACUAUCAUCAUUAUUAUUAUUAUUAUUAUUAUUAUUAUUAUUAUUAUUAUUAUUAUAUACAUUAAGUCUUCAUCAUAUUCAGGUCACAAUGUAUAUUAAGGGAGGAAGGUUGAAAAUGAAGGGGGAGUCAGGGGUGGGCAUGGGUAUGGGUGUGGAUUGUGGAGUGGUGGAAUGGGUGGAGCGUGGUGCCCUGAGAUGGUUUGGACAUGUGAUGAGAAUGGGAGAGAAUGAAUUUGUGAGGAGAGUGUAUGAGGGAAGGAUUGAAGGAGGGGGUGUCAGGGGAUCAAUAGGAUUAGUGAGUAUUGGAGCAAGAGAGUUGGGAGUAGCAGGAUUGAAUGUGCAGAGAGGGAGUGCCAGAACAGGGAGGAGAUUAUUGGAGCGAGAGAGUUAGAAGUAGCAGGAUUGAGUGUGCAGAGAGGGAGUGCCAGAACAGGGAGAGUAUUGGAGUGAGAGAGUUGGGAGUAGCAGGAUUGAGUGUGCAGAGAGGGAGUGCCAGAACAGGGAGAGUUGGAAGUAGCAGGAUUGAGUGUGCAGAGAGGGAGUGCCAGAACAGGGAGGAGAGUAUUGGAGCGAGAGAGUUGGAAGUAGCAGGAUUGAAUGUGCAGAGAGGGAGUGCCAGAACAGGGAGAGAUGGAGACACUUCUGCUGCAGCCACCCCUUGGAGUGUUGGAGAUAGAUAUAUAGUCAAAAAUAGCCAUCAUCAUCAUCAUCAUCAACAUCACCACCAGAAAUAAAUGGCAAAAUAGAUGAAACUGUAUUUAUAUUUUUGUUGAGUGAUUGUGAAGUGAGGAGAGGAGUGUUGAGUCUCGCUAGCAAGUGUGAAUGAAGAGCGAAAUAGAAAUAGUAAAAUAAAUUAAACCACAUCUUUGCAUAGAGUGAAAGGUGACAAAAGUGUGCAUGGCUAGACAAAUAAGUGAAUGUAGUAAAAAGUCAAAUAAGUUAGCAGCAACCAUUGUACUUAAACUAUAUAGAAGAGAAAGGUUAAGUUAGGGGCAUAUGCAAUAGCUACUUAAACUCUAUACUUAUAAUAAUACAACUCAGCUCAUGCAAAGCUAGAAAUACCAAAUCCGUAACCAAAUCAAAAGCCAUGUUAUGUAUAAGUUAGUGAAUGUCCGAAUGUAUGAUGAAGACUUAAUGAAAUAUGAAUAAUGUAAAUAAUAGACGAAAAUUAGAGGAGGAAUUAUAAUGUAGAAUGUGUUUUAUGUAAGAUUGAAAGUAAGAUUGAAUAGAUUGACUUACUGGAGAUAGAAAGUUAAUGAUAUGAAAUUGUGAUAAUGAAUAAUGAAAAUAAGCUUAGAUAUACAUUGUGAAUACUGAAGAAAAAAUUAGAGGAAUGUUUUUUUUUUUUUUAUAAUGAAAGAAAAAUUGAAGAGUUUGACACACUGGAGAUAUAAAAUUAAUAGACAAAAAUAAUGAAAAAAUAAGGUUAGAUAUAUACAUUGUUAAUACUUAAGGAAAUUAAGUGAGAAAUUAUAAUGCAGAAUGUUUUUUUUUAUAAUGAAAGAAAAAUUGAAUAGCUUAACUUACUGAAUAUAUAAAAUUAAUAGACAAAAAUAAUGAGUGAAUAAGGUUAGCUAUACAUUGUUAAUACUUCAGAAAAAAAUAGAUGAGAAAUUAUAAUAUUGAAUGAUUUUUUAUGAAUAGUGAAAGUAAAAUUGAGUGACUACAUACAAAUUAAUUAUCAAAGUAUUCAUAUGUAUUUUUUGUAGCAGAUUUUAUGUAUAUUUUCUCAUUAAUUGAAUUUUUUUUGCUUUAUUCAUUUAUAUUUUCAUUUAUUUAUUAUUAUUUUUUCCUUAUUUAUUUCCUUAUUUUUUUAUUUAUUGUUUUGAGCUUUCGUCUUCACUAUAAAAAAAGCACAGCGCAAAGAUAAGAGAAGGGCACGUACACACACAAACACACACACACAUGGUCACAUACAUACAUACACCCAUACAUAAACAAUUGUGUAUAUAUAUAUCGACUGCAUGUCUGUCUGUCUGUCUGUCUGUCUGUCUUAUACACCGACUGACUGGUCUUGUGAUAUAUGUAUUAGCUGGUACUUUCUAUACACAUAUUUGUUAA